UCCCAGAUGGAGAGGAUGCAGGGAGAGGGAGAGGUGGACCACCUGGAGAAACCAAGCCCACUGACUGACAAGGAGAGGGUGAUGAUCCAGGACUCCUGGACUAAAGUCUACCAGAACUGCGAUGAUGUUGGAGUGGCCAUACUAGUCAGGCUGUUUGUGAACUUCCCCUCAUCCAAACAGUACUUCAGCCAGUUCAAGUAUAUCGAGGAGCCGGAGGAGCUGGAGCGGAGUGCCCAGCUUAGGAAGCACGCUCACAGAGUCAUGAAUGCCAUCAAUACACUGGUGGAGAGCCUUGACAACUCAGACAAGGUGGCCUCAGUGCUGAAGCUGGUGGGCAAGGCCCACGCACUCCGACACAAGGUGGAGCCUGUGUACUUCAAGAUCCUGAGUGGUGUGAUACUGGAAGUCUUGGGAGAGGAGUUCCCAGAGGUUGUGACAGCAGAGGUGGCUGCGGCCUGGACCAAACUCUUGGCUACUGUCUACUGCAGUAUCACAGCUGUCUAUGAGGAAGUGGGCUGGACUAAGAUCUCAACCUCAACCGGGUGAAGCUUUUAGUCAGGUUUUA